AUGGAGAUCUUAGCCAGAAUUCUGGCUGAAAAGGCUAGUAGCCCUUUGUUCAAGUUUCAUUGGAGAUGUGAGAAAACCAAAAUCGUCAAUCUGUGCUUUGCUGAUGAUCUGAUGAUCUUUAGUAAAGGGGAUCCUCAUACUAUCAUCCUCAUUAUGCAGGGUUUGGAGGAGUUUAGGAGUUUGUCGGGCCUCACACCUAGUCCUAGCAAGAGUAACAUUUACUUCUCGGGUUGUAGUAUGGAGGUUAAAGAAGCCAUUCUUCAUAUUGCUAAUUUUACUGAGGGCUCACUCCCUGCGAAGCAUCUAGGUGUGCCUUUGAUCACAACUAAGCUUAAGAGCUCAACUCUUUUUUCGAUGCAAGUCUAUUGGUCCUCGCUUUUUAUUCUCCCAAAGAAGGUUAUUCGUGACAUUGAAAGUCUUCUUAGAUCUUUUCUGUGGUCUGGGACUGAGUUGAAGAAGCAUAGUGCUAAGAUUUCUUGGAAGAAUAUAUGUAAACAUAAGAAUGAAGGUGGUCUUGGCUUUAAGGAUAUGGAGGUUAAGGAAGCUAUCACGUACUCAUUCUCUCUGUGGGUUCUGUGUGAGGAUGUGAGUAGUGGGUCAAGUGAAGUGAGACACUAG